AAUAAUUGAAAGUCGCAAUCCCUAUAUCUCAUAACAUGCGACAAAUUCAAUCGAUUUCCAGAAAAUCGCACAUACACACGAAGAUAUCUAAAAAGCAGUCGUCGUCGCUUCUCGUUCAGUCGUUAUAUUGUAUGUGCGCGACGAAGUUGGUUAUGUAUUUGAGCAGUGAAAAAGCUGAAGAUGUUACUAAAAUUGUAAAAAAGUGAAAAUGUACAGAAUAUGACAUCAAAUUGAGGGAAUAAUAUUGUUAAUUGAAGCUCUAAUAGCCAGAACAAACGCGAAAUGCCCGAGAGAAUAAAUUAAAAAACAAAGAAAUAACGACGGAGUUUAUGCUCGAUUGUGUGAGUGUAUAGUGUGUAUGUGAGUUAUAAAUUAGUUGUGUUUUAUUGUAGCGUGGAUAUGUGUAUGUGUGAUUUGUAAAUAAUAGUAAUAAUUAUUAAAACAAACAGUGGUAACAACAAAUAAACAACUAUGAAAAAUCAUAUUCUAAUUUAAUAAGUUAAAGGACACGCACGGGGUAUACAUUUCGGCGUACCGCAACUGAAACAACAACAACAAUAAUAAUAAUUAAUGGCAAUAGCCACAGGAAAAUCAGAAAAUCUAUAGACUGAGUCAUUUUUGCAGACAUCGACAACAGACAUCAUAAAAAGAAACGCACAGUCAUUCGGUCAGGUGCGUGUGGUGUUUUCAUUGUGGAAGCACUCACUUGGCCCCCAGUUUUACGGCUUUACAACUUCCUGUGCUGCAAUACAGCUCUCAAGUUUCUGUCGAAGUACUUGAUGGCAACAACUACUGCUGCUGCUGGGUAUUGUCGCUGCUGUUAUUUCAUUCUUCUUUCUUCUCUGUCCUCUUUGACACGAACAACAAUUUUGGAAUAUAUCUAAAUCAGGCAAAAAGCCAACACAAUCCAUUCAACCGAGCAAGGAAGCCAAAAACCUACCCAACAAAACGAUAUAUAUACACACACAAACAAACCCAGCACGAAACAAACAACGGCCUACUUUUCAGCUACUAAUAACGAUAGUGGAAAAUCGAAGAAAAGCAAAAAAGACGAUUUAAACAACGCCGCUUUCGCUUGACAGGUCCUACGGCAAUAGGAAAGGCGAAGGCGACGAGGGAGCUGCACACCCCAGUCUUUGGCGUGUUCGUGUUCAAGCUUUUGCUAGAGUGGCGUCUCUGUUGGCCACCCACAUCCAAACAAGAAGGAAAAUCUAAAGCGGAGAGGGAGCCUGCUUUAGCAGAUUUUCUCCAUGCCUUUCGCACACUACCACUAAACAUUCCCUGCCUUAACUUGCUUCCUUGCCUCUCGUCGUAGAGCUAUUCAGCAACUACUUCUAACUGUGUCGUCACUACUUGCUGCCACUGCUGUUGAUUUGCCGCGAAUUCACUUCCCCCUUCAGCCAGUCUGCCUGUCACUCAGUCACAAUGUCAACGGAUAAGAUCAAAGUAGCUGUCAGGGUGCGACCCUUCAACCGUCGUGAAAUUGAACUGGGCACAAAAUGCAUUGUGGAAAUGGAAAAACAACAGACAAUCUUACAUAAUCCGCCGGCAAUAGAUAAAAUUGAAAGUCGAAAGCCACCGAAGACCUUUGCAUUCGACCAUUGCUUUUUGUCGUUGAACCCGGACAAUGAACACUUUGCGUCCCAGGAAACAGUGUUCGAUUGCCUGGGUAGAGACAUUCUGGACAAUGCAUUCCAGGGCUACAACGCCUGCAUAUUUGCCUACGGCCAGACAGGUUCUGGUAAAUCAUAUACCAUGAUGGGUUCGCAGGAAUCCAAAGGUAUCAUUCCACGCCUGUGCGACAACUUAUUCUCCGCCAUUGCCAACAAGACUAGGCAAGACCUAAUGUACAAAGUUGAAGUCUCCUACAUGGAAAUCUAUAACGAGAAGGUUCACGAUCUGCUGGAUCCAAAGCCCAACAAGCAAUCGCUGAAGGUUCGAGAGCAUAAUGUGAUGGGUCCGUAUGUGGACGGUUUGUCGCAGCUGGCGGUGGCAUCGUACAUGGACAUUGACAAUUUAAUGACAGAGGGAAACAAAUCUCGUACAGUGGCAGCUACCAACAUGAACGCUGAAUCUUCUAGGUCGCAUGCUGUAUUCUCAGUGGUGUUAACUCAAAUUCUAACAGACCAAGCUAGCGGGGUGACGGGUGAGAAGGUGUCACGGAUGUCUUUGGUCGAUCUGGCAGGUUCGGAAAGAGCUGUUAAAACGGGUGCUGUGGGUGAUCGCCUAAAAGAAGGCUCAAAUAUUAACAAGUCGUUGACGACACUGGGUUUGGUCAUAUCCAAACUGGCUGAUCAAUCGAACGGCAAGAAAGGGGGCAAUGACAAGUUUGUUCCUUAUCGAGAUUCUGUGCUCACCUGGCUCUUGAAGGACAAUUUGGGCGGCAAUUCGAAGACUGUAAUGGUGGCAACCAUUUCACCUUCGGCCGACAAUUACGAGGAAACCCUCUCCACACUACGCUAUGCAGACCGCGCUAAGCGUAUUGUCAACCAUGCCGUUGUCAAUGAGGAUCCCAAUGCACGCAUCAUACGCGAACUACGCCACGAGGUCGAAACGCUGCGUAACAUGCUAAAACAUGCCACAGGUUCUCCGGUGGGCGACAUUAAUGACAAACUGGCUGAGAGUGAGAAUCUAAUGAAGCAAAUCUCACAAACAUGGGAGGAGAAGCUUGUCACAACUGAGCGCAUUCAAAAUGAGCGACAGCAAGCUUUGGAGAAAAUGGGUAUUAGUGUACAAGCCAGUGGUAUUAUGGUCGAAAAAAACAAAUACUAUUUGGUAAAUUUAAAUGCCGAUCCGUCCCUCAACGAGUUGUUAGUCUACUAUUUGAAAGAAAGAACCCUCAUUGGUGGUCAUACCAUAAAUGGUCCACAACCAGACAUCCAGUUGUCCGGUCUGGGUAUACAACCGGAACAUUGUGUCAUUACCAUUGUGGAUGGCGGCUUGUUCUUGGAGCCCUUCCCUGGUGCCCGCUGUUUUGUAAACGGCACUGCGGCUGUGGACAAGGUUCCGCUCCAUAAUGGUGAUCGAAUUUUGUGGGGUAACCAUCAUUUUUUCCGUGUAAAUUGUCCCAAAUCUGCUAGUGCAAGUAUGAGCUCAGAGCCACAAACACCUGCGCAACUAAUCGAUUAUAACUUUGCUCGCGACGAAAUCAUGCAAAAUGAACUCAGCAAUGAUCCUAUCCAAACGGCUAUAGCAAGAUUGGAACGGCAACACGAAGAGGACAAACAAGUGGCGUUGGAAAAACAACGACAGGAGUACGAACGCCAAUUUCAACAGCUACGCAAUAUACUGUCGCCCAGCACACCUUACGCUCCUUAUACGCCUUAUGAUCCCCUGCGUUUGGGUAAAAUUACUCCUAAUACACCGACGUCGCAAAUGCGAGUGGAAAAGUGGGCUCAAGAGCGCGAUGAGAUGUUUAAACGUUCGUUGGGGCAGUUGAAAAACGACAUAAUGCGGGCGAACGCUUUGGUGCAAGAGGCCAACUUCCUUGCCGAGGAAAUGGAAAAGAAGACAAAAUUUUCGGUGACACUACAAAUACCGCCGGCCAAUCUCAGCCCUAACCGUAGGCGUGGAGCUUUCGUAAGUGAACCAGCUAUCCUAGUGAAAAGGACAAACUCCGGAAGCCAAAUUUGGAGUAUGGAGAAGUUGGAAAAUAAACUGAUUGAUAUGCGUGAGAUGUACCAAGAACAUAAAGAGCGCGUUCUCAAUGGCUUGCCUCUCAUUGAGACACUCUCAGAUGAGGAAGAUUCCGACGAGGAAAAUGAAAACUCAAAAUCGUUAGAUCCAUUCUAUGAAUCACAAGAAAACCACAACCUCAUUGGGGUAGCCAAUAUAUUCCUGGAGGUACUGUUUCAUGACGUUAAGCUUGACUACCACACGCCCAUCAUAAGUCAACAAGGUGAAGUUGCUGGCCGACUUCAAGUCGAAAUUCAUCGCAUUGCCGGGCAAAUGCCACAGGAUCGUAUGUGUGAAUCAAUAUCCGAAUCGUCGUCCGAUUCGCGGGAUGACUACGAAGAUGCCCCAGAUCCUAUGGCUAAUCAAAUUACUUGCCGAGUUACUAUCAAAUGCGCCUCGGGCUUGCCUUUGUCUCUCUCAAACUUUGUCUUUUGCCAGUACACAUUUUGGGGCCACCAGGAAACCGUCGUUCCGGUGAUCAAUGCAGAAACGACACCAAGGGACCAAAACAUGGUAUUCAAAUUCGAACACACUAAAGAUUUUACGGUUACGAUAAACGAGGAAUUCUUGGAGCAUUGCAUUGAAGGAGCUCUUUCCAUCGAGGUAUGGGGUCAUAGAAGUGCUGGCUUCUCCAAAUCUAAAGGUUGGGAAGUUGAGCAACAACAGGCCAAAGCCAGAUCCCUGGUUGACCGCUGGGCAGAACUAUCGCGGAAGAUUGAAUUGUGGGUGGAGAUACACGAGCUGAACGAUAAUGGCGAAUAUGCUCCGGUUGAGGUUAGCAAUCGCACCGAAGUACUCACGGGCGGUAUUUAUCAGCUACGCCAGGGGCAACAAAGACGCGUGCAUGUGCGAGUUAAGCCAGUACAGAACUCGGGAACACUACCAAUUAUCUGUCAGUCUAUUGUAAACAUAUCGAUUGGAAGCGUCAGUGUUCGCUCUCGCCUGCAGAGGGCUCUGGAUUCCUAUCAAGAGGAAGACUUGACUAUACUGCGAGAGAAAUGGAGCGAAGCCUUAGGCAGAAGACGUCAAUAUUUAGAUCAACAAAUCCAAAAACUCAUCAAAAAAGAAGACAAAACCGACGAGGAGCGAGACCGCGAGUUGAGUUUGGUUCAUCAGUGGGUGUCGCUAACGGAGGAACGUAACGCAGUAUUAGUACCAGCGCCUGGUUCUGGUAUACCUGGGGCACCGGCAUCAUGGGACCCCCCCUCCGGAAUGGAGCCCCAUGUGCCCGUGUUAUUCCUCAAUCUUAACGCAGACGAUCUAUCAGCCCAAAACACCAAUGAUGAGUUCUCCAUCGCCGGAAUAAACUCGAUACUCUCUAAGGAGCAUGGACACAAGUUUUACACCUUGCAGAUUCUGCAGCAUUUUGACAAGGACGUUUGUGCCAUUUCGAGUUGGGACUCGUCGAUGCACGACAGCCCGGCACUGAAUCGUGUAACUGAAGCAAAUGAGAGAGUCUAUCUGAUAUUGCGAACCACUGUUCGUCUCUCUCACCCCGCUCCCAUGGACUUGGUAUUACGCAAGCGUUUAUGCAUUAACAUUAAAAAGGGACCCAGCAUAACGGAUCGUCUGAAGAAAUUCCGUCUUGUGAGGAUCGACACGGCCAUUCCCAGCACAGGUGUUACAUACGAAGUCGUCUCCAACAUACCAAAGGCCUCUGAAGAGUUGGAAGAUCGAGAGUCACUGGCACAGCUUGCGGCAAGCGGCGAUGAUUGCUCGGCAAGUGAUGGCGAGACCUAUAUAGAGAAAUAUACCCGUGGAGUGUCAGCCGUAGAGAGUAUUUUAACUCUGGAUCGCUUACGACAAAACGUUGCUGUCAAGGAAUUGGAGACUGCCCAUGGCCAGCCACUGUCGAUCCGAAAGACAGUCAGUGUCCCCAACUUCUCACAGGCGGUUAAAGAAACACCCAAUCCUGGAACAAUUAUGGGCUUCGACGCCUCAAUGGAGUCCUUGUUAAAUGUAGGCCGAUCCGAAUCGUUUGUGGACCUCAAUCAAUCAUUGGGCUCGAAGUUUAUGCCUCAAGCACAAACCACGCCCUCUGGCAUUCGAGAUUUCAGUACACGUUCCCGUCACAGUUUCGGCGGCAAGGGCAGCAACGACGAUUCUCCUUGCAAACCCUUUGGCAUUGCUCGUCCAACAUUUUUAAAUUUGAAUUUAAAUUCAAAUUCGAUAAGAACACAACCAACAAAACCUUCACCAGCCACAAGCAAGUUGAUGGGAAUGCGUAUGACAACACUGCACGAGGAGCCUUUAGGAGGUCAUCGCUCGCUUGCCGAAGAGCCCGAAGACAGUUACAGCGACUCUGAGUACAACAACGAAUAUGAUUUGGAUAAAAGUCGCAGCAAUAGCUAUCAGGCACCCCGUUCACGCCUAACAUCCUCGAAGACGAUGGACUCGUUUAUGGACGUUGGCUCAAAUUCAAGCCAUAGCUAUUUGAGCUAUACCUCGAAUGUGAACACAAAUCUGAAACACCUGACCGGCUUGGCCACACCGAGCAUGAGUUCAUCCACGUCAAGUGGAUAUGGGUCGCAGGCCGUAUCAUGUACAAAUCUUACCAACGAUGAUAUUGCGUCAAUGCGAUCGAUGAGCAUUGACGAGACAACAGAUUUUGAUCGCAUUAAUUCGAAUUCGCCGCCCAACCGUGCUACAACACACCGAAUCAAUCCAUUCUUAAAAGAUAUGCCAAAUCAAUCUACUGGUAGCAGUAAAUCAAUUGAUACGACAUCGCCAAGCAACCAGCUGAGACCAAAGCAGCAGGCCAUAGACGAUACACAUGCCCCAAACCAGAUGCCAAAAAAAGAAGAAGUAAGUGUCAGCAGUAGCCUGAAACAGAAUGAAAUGCCUCAAUCAUAUCCCCAUUUGGAAACAAUUGAAAUGGAACAGGAUGCUAAAGGGGAUUGCCAAAAUGAAAAUGCCGCAGAAACGUUGAAUAACAAUUGCAUUACAAAUCAAACUGAAGUCAACAGCAAUAACAACAACAAUGGGAGCAGUUUUUCCUACAACGCCGAUAGUAACAAUGGAAAUGAAUCCUUUGAGGGAACCGGUGUUGUAAAAACACAAUUUCCAGCUGGAAAAGUUGUGCGUAGAAAAAAAACCCCUCCACAAGGUGGUGGUAGUAAUGGGAACGAUGCACCACACCACACGGUAACUAAUGCUACAACUUUUAACAACAAUCGCACAAAUACUUUGCACCGAACUUCGAUAGCCAAAAUGGAAGGAUUGGCCAAUACAACCAAUGAUUAUCUCAAUGUCACUUCCAUGAGUGCCAGCAUGGAAAUCGAUGACGAAUCUAAACAUGUCGAUAUUACCCUACCCGAUUGGGUUGUAGUGGGAGAAUCAGUCUUAAUAAGACCAUAUAACACCAGCGGCGUGAUAAGUUAUGUUGGUACAACACAUUUUCAGGCCGGCACAUGGAUUGGUGUUGAACUUGACACACCGACUGGUAAAAACGAUGGCACAGUUCAGGGAAUUCAGUAUUUCCAAUGCAAACCUAAGCAUGGCAUCUUUGUCCGAUUUGACAAACUGAUAUUGGACAAGCGUGGCAAAGCAAUGAGAGCAUAUAAGGCAGAAAAGACAAGCAAAGCCUCCGUAGAGAAUCCUCUACCACGUUCUAAGAGCCGCGGUGAGGCUUUGAGUUCAUUGAGUGGAGCCGGCGGGCGCAAAUGAUUAUUUCCGAAAUGUUCGCAUCAAAUGCAAAGGUGGGCAACUACAACAACAACAAAUGCAAGGCAGAAUACGACCGCGUCAAUAAUAACACCAAAUGGAUUAUCCGUGCCAAAUAAAAAGCAACUCCCACUCACACAGAGAACUAUGUCUGUUCUAAUGACGUCUGAUUCAGCAGCUGCAAUGGAAAGAACUCAAAUUUCCACCAAGCGCACUUGUUCUAUAAUGCGUAUGCCAACAAACGAUGCGAACAUUACUACCAAUACGAAAAAAUAUAAUCGACGCUCAACGGCAUUUUGAAGGCCUUGUUUGCCAACUUAAAAAUGUCGUUCGAUGCAAACACGAGCUAUGCGCGCACGAGCAAAAACAAAAAUAAAACAAACAAACAAAAAACAAAAA